AUGCCUCCCUUUACCGAAUGCGGUGAGACUGGUCACCUAAAGGCUGUUUGCCCUCAGAUCCGGAGCACAAAAACAGCCAGGCAAGCUGAAUUUUUCGUCGCUGUCGCGAGAGAACUUUCCGCCGCCGCCGCCGCCCGCGCCUCCCCCUCUUCCUCCGUUGGCCCUCGGGGCCCCGUGCCCGCCAACCGGGGCGCCGCCCAGCGCGGCCGUGGCAAAGGCGGCCGCGGCCGCGGCGCCCAUCACAGCCGCAAUGAGCGGCAGCAGCAGCAGCAACAGCAACAGCAACAGCAACAGCAACAGCAGCAGGAGGGGAAGGAGGAAAACCUCCCCGACGCCCCCGACGCCCCCGGUGCUCCCCUCGCCCCCGGUGGGGACCAAAACCUGCGGCGACUCGUCCAGAGGCUGCAAGAGCAACAGAACCAGAUGAGCACGGAAAUACUUCUGCUCCGAGAUAUGAUCGUCGACUUGCGUCAACAGUUCGAUGAUCUAUUUGCUCUCGAGGAGAUGACGGGGCUGAAGGGACCUGCGUAUCAUGGCAGUCCCAUUGACAUCUCUGGCGGCGACAAGUCCUUCAAGUUCGAUGAUCAGAUGAUGUGUUCCAGCCGUCAAAUACCCUAUCCUGUUCACUUUUUCGCUAUCGCUUUCGUCAAGGGGUUUGUGAUCAACUUGGUCUAG